ACGUUCAGUUUCUCUUUGAACUUACCCACAGGGUCGUCAUUCCCCUUAUGGUUUCCACCCCAAUUUCGUAUUCCAUAUCCAGCGUGAUAUUUUUAUGACAAGCUGACUGCAAAUAAUAAAUAAAAAAUAUAAGCUGAUAGUUCAAUACAUUUGACGCGAGGAUGAAAUCACUUUCUGUCUCUCGUCCAAUGUGGACCAUUCUAAUCUUCAUCGUUAGUCUUGGAGUAUCAACGAUUAACUGCAGUUAUGGUGAACGACCAUGGGCCUCGCAAUUUGGAAGAGCACCAAUUCUUGAAAGGUUUUCGUGGAGAGUUCUCGAUUGGGCGUACCCGGAUGAAGCGAGCAGGCAAGCUGCCAUAGAGAGCGGUGACUUUGUACCCGAAAAUUCAAUCCCGGUUGGUCUGGAAGUAUGGAGAAACAAACUCUUUAUUGGUGUACCAAGAUGGAACAACGGAGUUCCAGCCACUCUAAAUUACAUAUCUCUCGACACGAAUCGUGGGGGAUCACCGAAAUUAACUCCUUAUCCAAAUUGGAGGCAAAAUGUUGCCGGAGCUUGCGGCACCGGACUGACCAAUGUAUACAGAAUGCAUGCUGACAAAUGCAACCGGCUUUGGAUUCUUGAUACUGGUACGAUAGGAAUCGGAAAUACAACAGUCCAAGCAUGUCCAUACACUCUCAACGUUUUUGAUCUGACGACUGAUAAAAUUUUGCGACAAUAUCAACUACGACCAGAAGAUAUAAAAUCGAGUACGUUUAUCGCUAACAUCGCAGUGGACAUGGGAAACGGUGGUUGUGACGACGUUUUCGCCUACCUGUCUGACGAGCUCGGUUACGGUCUGAUAGUCUAUGAUUGGAAAGAAAAUAAAUCUUGGCGACUGAGCCAUGGAUUCUUUUUCCCUGACCCAUUACUCGGUGAUUACAAUAUCGGAGGUUUGAAUUAUCAAUGGCCAGAUGAAGGAAUUUUCGGCAUGGCUCUCUCACCCAUUGCUAAUGACGGAUUUAGAACUCUGUUCUUUCAUCCUCUUAGUAGUAACCGAGAGUUCGCUGUUUCAACGAGAAUCCUCAGAGAUGAGAAUCUUUCAGCAAACAGCUAUCAUGAAUUCCAGGCACUCCCUGAGCGCUACAUGGGCCACUCAACAUCGGAAGUCAUGGACGAGAAUGGUCUUAUGUUGUUCAAUUUGAUUGAUCAGAAUGCUGUAGGUUGUUGGAAUUCUUUACUGCCUUAUAGUCCAAAUAAUCAUGGAAUAAUAGCCAGACACGACGAGGCCAUGCUGUUCCCUGCUGAUGUUAAGAUUGUUCGCGGUAUGGUGUGGAUGAUGUCAGAUCGUAUGCAUAGCUUCCUGUUAGACAAAAUGGACUUCACAGAUGUAAACUUCAGGAUCAUGACAGUACCAUUGCAAGACGCAAUUGCUGGUACAGUUUGUCAAAACACUCAGUGGAAAUAUGGAGCUUUGAACAAUGCACUCUUCUGGAAUCGAUGAUGAGAUGAAAGUCUCGUUAACUCAUAACAUUAUUACUAGUAAAUUGCUGAAUGAAAAAUGAACCUAUUAUCAGAUGACCAUACAUAUGUAACUGCUAUCGUGUAUGAUUCUCUCAGCCAGUUUCUAUUUUCUACAACUGUAACGAUUUAACAAUGCAGUUUUAUGCAAAUCCAAAGAUUCGCUUCGAAUGCUUGUCGAUGUAGCUCCCUGGAAUUGCAGAAAAUAAAUCAGAGCAGUACAUUGUUUUACCCCAACAA